AUGACGAAGGGCAAGAACAAAAAGGGAAAGAAGGAAAAGACUAAUAAUCCAAAGAAACAGCAAACGAGAGGGAAACUACCGUGCAGAAAUGCAAAGAGUAGAAAGCAAACGGGAAAUAAGAACCUUAAAGAUGGAAAUAAAGAGAAACAGCCUGCUCUUUCAUUAGACAGGUUUACAUUCCAUCAACUCCUUGGAGAAGGCAAUUACGGAAAGGUGAUGUUGGCAACAGAUAAUGUCACUAAGCAGAGUGUGGCAGUGAAGAUUCUUAAAAAGAAUAUGCUGCUAGAUGAUGAUAUGGACAACACUCUACUAGAACGCCGAGUGUUGGAAGUUGCAACUGGAUGCCGCUUCCUUACCAACCUUUUCGCCACUUUUCAGACAGAGAAGCGUCUAUUCUUUGUCAUGGAAUACGUGAACGGAGGACAUCUGGAACAAAUCAUGGAAAGGCAUGGGAACCUGGACAGAGAAGCAGUGAGAGACAUUAAGCCGGAGAACGUUUUAUUAGACAGAUCAGGUCACGUGAAAAUAGCGGAUUUUGGUCUGGCAAUAGAAAAUGUGUUUGACUACACUGACACAUACGGUGCCGGCACAAUGGGAUACAUGGCUCCAGAGAUGCUGAGGUUCGAAAGUUAUGAUGCUGGUGCUGACUGGUGGUCCUUUGGAGUCAUCUUGUAUAGGAUGAUUACAGGGCAUGAUGUCUUUGGCUGCAGUGUUUCAGAUGAAGAUACACCAAGUUAUCCAGCAGAUCUCAGCCCUGAGGAACGAGAUAUCUUAGAAAGGCUUCUGUGCAAAAUACCAUCUGAACGCCUGGGAAAAAACGGCAAUAUUCGAGACCAUCCCUUUUUCCAGUCAAUUGACUGGAAGGAACUAGAGGCCGGAAGAGUUACCCCCCCUUCAAGUCUGUGCAGAGCAUCAUCAGAGAGUUUAGAAGAAUCUGGGAGCAUGGAGCUCGAAUUAUCUUCUGAUGAGUCUUCAGAGGAAUCCCUUGAUUCAGAAGAUCAAAGGCUAUUUGAUGGGUUCAGUUACAUCAACCCCAAAUGGAUUGAUUUAGCCAAGUUUCCUGCAGCCCAAUCUGCAGAAAUAUCAACAGGAGGAGGAUCAUCUGUUGGACCUGCACCUUCUCCCCUGCAACUGGAGAAAACAACUCCAGCAGUGUCAUCUGCAGUGGGAGCAAAGAAAAGGAAGAGAGAACGACAGAGUGAGUCAGAAUUCACUGUAAAAAAGAAAAGAAAAUCUGAAGUGAUCAAACCAACACCAGGACCUUCUCAUCUGACAUUUGGAAUAGGAAAAACAUCGCCUACCACCAUGCAAAAGGAGACAACAAUGUCAAGUGUGUCAUCUGCAGUGGGAGCCAAUAAAAGGAAAAGAGAGAGAGAGGGUGAGUCAAAAUUUGCUCCAAAAAAGAAAAGAGAAUCUGAACUGGAUGAACCAACACCUGGACCUUCUCAUGAGACAUUUGGCAUAGGAAGAACUACACCUACCACUAUGGAAAAGGAGACAACAAUGUCAAGUGUGUCAUCUGCAGUGAGAGCCAAUAAAAGGAAAAGAGAGAGAGAGGGUGAGCCCGAAUUUGCUCCAAAAAAGAAAAGAGAAUCUAUACUGGAUGAACCAACACCAGGACCUUCUCAGGAGACAUUUGGCAUAGAAAGAACUACACCUACCACCAUGGAAAAGGAGACAACAGUAUCAGGUGUGCCAUCUGCAGUGACAGACAAUAAAAGGAAGACAAAGCAGAGAGAGAACCAGAGUGAGUUGGAAUUCACUCUACAAAAGAAAAGGAAAAUCUGA